AUGUAUUUAAUCAGAUCUAGUUGGAGACCUUUUAGAUCCAGAGCAGUUUUCAUUAUUUCCACCAAAUCAACUUCAACAAUGUCACAGAAUCAACAGGUUAGAAAACCUUUCAAUGAAUUAGAAGCUGAACGGAAAGAGUUUGAUGAUCAAUCAAAAUUUGAGUUAACUAAAUCACCAAAUCCCAAUUGGAACUAUAAGGAACAGAUUAAAGUACAAGGUGUUAAUCAUGAAAAAAUUGAAAUCAAUCCAUCAGAUUCAAAUAGAUCUCCAGUGGAUAAUUACAAAUUAUUAAUCUCAGCGGUUAUUCCAAGACCAAUUGGUUUCAUAUCAACAAUAUCAUCUAAUGGAACUAGGAAUCUUGCACCUUUCAGUUAUUUCACAAUGGUUAAUCAUGAUCCACCAAUCUUUGUUGUUGGAUUUUCAUCCAAAAAGGAUUCAUAUCAAAACUUGUUAGAUACUAAAGAAUGUACAAUUAAUAUUAUUAGUGAAUGGUUUGUUGAAGCGGCUAAUAGUUGUUCAAUUGAUGGUCCUUCAGAAUUUGAUGAAUGGGAAUUAAGUGGAUUAACUUCAUCUCCAUCUUUAUAUGUUAAACCUGGUGUUGUUGAUGAAAGUGCUUUUGCAAUUGAAGCUAAAUUAGUGAAAAAUUUUGAUUGGUUUUCUAAAAAAGAUCCUACAAAGAAAACUGGUUCUACUGUGUUUCUUGAAGGUAUAAAUUUCCAUGUUAGGAAAGAUAUUAUCAAUACAGAUUUAAAUCAAGUUGAUGUUUCCAAGUUGAAGCCAGUUAGUAGGCUUGGAGGUAUAACUUAUGGUAGAACAACUCAAGGUUAUGAAAAACCAAGACCUAAAUAUUCAGAUCUUGAUAAUGAAAAGUAA